AUGGAUCUCAGCGAUAUCCGUCCCUUUACUAUCUCCGUUCCCGAUGACGACCUGACCGAGUUAUACAAGAAGCUUGAACUAACUCGCUUGCCUGACGAGCUAGACCUACCCUCCGGUCAGGAAUGGGAAUGGGGAAUCCCGCUCGCAGUAUUAAAACCCACUAUCGACUAUUGGCGCGAGAAGUAUGACUGGCGAGCUGUUGAAAAGAAUAUCAAUCGGACUCUUCCUCAAUUCACGACGACUGUCCAAUCGCGCAACCAUGGAUCACAAAGUGUUCACUUUGUAUUCAAGAAAUCUGACAAUCCGUCGGCUAUACCAUUGCUAUUUGUUCACGGUUGGCCUGGGAACUUUCUCGAGGUCUCGAAGAUGGUUGAUGAGCUCGCUAAUCCGUCAGAUCCCAAACACCCUGCGUUUCAUGUGGUGGCACCAUCCCUACCGGGUUUCGUGUUCUCGGAGCGAGCAAGCACGCCCGGAAUGGACCUCAAGGAGGAGAUUGGCGAGGGAUCGCGAGUUUGUCGUGCACUUGCGCUUUACCACAAGGAAACCUGUCUCGGAACUCAUGCAAACCUAAUCUCUUAUGGCGCACCGACCUUUUGGAGGAAUCCUAUUAUCGGGCUUAAACUUGUACUGGGAGCGAAUAGUAUUCCCGGUGGAUAUUCUGCCGAUGAAAUGGAAGGAGUUCGGAGAGUGCAGGAGUUUGGCACAAUCGGGAAUGCAUACAUGAAAAUUCAAGGGACGAGACCACAGUCUUUAGCCUACGCCUUGACCGACAGCCCAGUUGGUCUAUUGGCAUGGGUUGGCGAAAAGCUCUACGCUUGGUCUGACAACUACCCUUGGACACCGGAAGAGUUGAUAACAUGGACCAUGCUCUACUGGGUCAAAGGCAAGGCAGUUAUGUUACAUACCCAGACUUCCUGUUGA